UAACUCUCCCUCCUCUCUCUCUCUCUCUCCCCGUCAACGGUACUCAGUCCUUCAUAGCCGACGUCAACAAUGGCUAGCCCUCCCAAGCAGGACUCGUUCCCCGAGCUCCGCCGCGAGACCGACGCCGGAGCCACCUUCGUCCUCGAGUCUAAAGGGGAGUGGUGGCACGCGGGGUUCCAUCUGACGACGGCGAUCGUGGGGCCGACGAUACUGACGCUGCCGUACGCGUUCCGGGGGCUGGGGUGGGGGCUGGGCAUGCUCUGCCUGACCGCGAUGGGGAUCGUCACCUUCUACUCCUACUUCCUCAUGUCCAAGGUGCUGGAGCACUGCGAGAAGGAAGGCCGCCGCCACAUCCGCUUCCGCGAGCUCGCCGCCGACGUCCUAGGAUCCGGAUGGAUGUUUUACUUUGUGAUAUUCAUACAAACUGCCAUCAACACCGGGAUCGGAAUUGGGGCGAUUCUGCUGGCUGGAGAAUGCCUUCAGAUCGUGUACUCAAACCUUUCUCCUAAUGGGUCCCUAAAACUGUACGACUUCAUAGCAAUGGUGACGGUGGUCAUGAUAGUUCUCUCCCAGCUUCCGACCUUCCACUCUCUCAGGCACCUCAAUUUGGGUUCGCUGCUUCUCAGCUUGGGAUAUACCUUCAUUGUAGUUGGUGCUUGUGUUCACGCAGGUUUAUCAAAGAAUGCCCCUCCAAGAGACUAUUCCUUGGAAUCUUCAGAGUCUGCAAGGAUUUUUAGCGCUUUCACUUCCAUAUCCAUUAUAGCUGCCAUUUAUGGGAACGGUAUACUGCCAGAAAUACAAGCAACUCUGGCACCACCUGUGACUGGGAAGAUGGUAAAAGGCCUUCUCAUGUGCUAUGCAGUGAUCUUUGUCACAUUCUAUUCUGCUGCCGUGUCUGGGUACUUGGUUUUUGGCAACAAAUCGAACUCAAACAUACUCAAAAGCCUAUUGCCAGAUAACGGACCUGCUUUAGCUCCGACUUGGGUUCUCGGCCUCGGUGUGGUUUUUGUCCUGCUACAGCUCUUUGCAAUUGGCCUGGUCUACUCUCAAGUGGCAUACGAGAUCAUGGAAAGCAAAUCGGCCGAUGUGAAGCAAGGAAUAUUCGCCUGGCGCAACCUUAUUCCUAGGAUAAUUCUUCGGACUUUGUACGUGGUGUUUUGCGGGUUCAUGGCGGCCAUGCUUCCCUUCUUUGGGGACAUCAACGGUGUCGUGGGAGCUAUUGGCUUCAUCCCUCUAGAUUUCGUUCUUCCAAUGGUUCUCUAUAACAUGACAUUCAAGCCAACGAAAUCAUCCUUAACCUACUUGAUCAACAUGUCGAUCAUCAUUGUCUUCACCGGCGCAGGACUGAUGGGCGCAUUUUCUUCCAUAAGGAAGUUAAUUCUUGAUGCCAACCAGUUCAAGCUCUUCAGUAGUGACGUGGUGGACUAAGGUACAGAAACAUAAACUCUGCGGUUCUAAUGUACUUGCACCCGAAAGUUACAGGAGAAAGUCACACGUUUAGAAGGGCGGAAAAAAGGAACAUUCAAGGGGGUGAUUGGUGAAUCAUGGAUACUAGAUGCUGUCCUCUGCUUUGUGCCAAUGAAAGGAGGUGGGAGAUUUAUAGGCACCAUCAUUUGGAAGUGUAGAAAAGUUGAUAUCCCAAGCUUCAAUUCAGCAAACAAAAAGAGGCUUUUCAUGGUGUACUCUGAUCUCUGAAAGACAUGCAAUCUCGUUUGAUUAUGCGAUAUAAACAGGCGCCAAGCGGUUCUCUCUUUCGGCCA